UACCUAACCCAUUCACUUUGUUCUUCUUUCCAAUCCAACUACCAAUCUUUCCUCAUCUACUAACAACGAUCGUAUCACAGUAAUACCAUAUUGUUUAAUAAUAUCAUAUUAUACCAUCAUAAUUUUUCUAAUAUUCUUGCUAAAAUCUAGCAAUUCAAAGACAAACACAAAUUAUCAGACCACAGAUCCAGUAAUCCCAAAAACCUCUCUUAAAACAAAGAUAUAUCCCCACUUUAUUUUUUUUAACUCAACCAAAAUGCUGCAAAACCAACCACCAUCUCCACCACCAAGAGACAACUCCACCACCUUCUACUUCAUUGCAGCCUCCAUCUCUUUCUCUCUCCUCUUUCUCCUCUCCACCACAACAUCCACCGCAACAAACACCGCAACAACCACUACUUCCCCUGACCCCCGCCUCUUCCCCAACCCCCAAUAUGUCGUCCACAACCCCAACUCACCUCCAUUUCCUUCUGUCCCCACCAUUGCUUACUUCAUCACCGGUUCAUCUGGUGAGUCUUCUAGAAUCUUUCGGCUUCUUCUCUCCGUUUACCACCCUAAAAACCUCUAUUUACUUCACCUUGACCGUUUUGCCCCUCAGUCUGACCGUGACCGUUUAGCCUUCCGGGUGCACGGCUUGCCCGUGUUUAAAGCUGCUAAAAAUGUUCAUGUUAUUGGUAAAGCUGAUUUUUCUUACUCUAAAGGAUCUUCCCCUAUUGCUUCUUUGCUUAGGGGUGCUUCUAUUUUGCUUCGGUUGAACUCGAAUUGGGAUUGGUUCAUCAAUUUGUCUGCUCAAGAUUAUCCCCUUGUUACUCAAGAUGAUUUGCUGCACAUAUUGUCAUACAUGCCAAAAGACCUAAACUUCGUGAACCAUACCAGCUACAUUGGAUGGAAAGAGGCUCGAAGGAUGAAACCCAUUAUUGUGGAUCCUGGACUUUAUCUUGCAGAAAAGACUGGGAUGUUUUAUGCCACUCAAAAGCGAGAUUUUCCAAGUGCUUAUCAGUUGUUCUCAGGUUCACCAACCUCUGUUUUGAAUCGGAAGUUUGUUGAAUUUUGUGUUAUGGGGUCAGAUAACUUACCAAGAACUGUACUGAUGUACUUAACAAACACCCCAUCAUCUGUAUUGAGCUAUGUACCGACCAUUGUGUGUAAUUCACCGGAGUUCAAAGAAAGUGCUGUAAACCAUAAUUUACAGUAUGCAUCCUACUACGCGUCUUCGAGUGAAAGUCCCAGACAGCUCAAUGGGUCUGACUUACAAGACAUGCUAAGAAGUGGAUCAGCAUUUGCUACAAAAUUCCAUUAUAAUGAUCCAAUACUUGAUCAUAUUGAUAGUGAAAUUCUUGGGCGGAGCCGUGGGAAAGUUGUGCCUGGUGGUUGGUGCGUUGGUGAGAUGAACAACUCUUGUGCUGAAUGGGGUGAUGCAAACAUCUUGAGGCCAGGUCCUGGAGCUAAGAGACUUGAAAGACGUAUUGUUGAUCUGCUUUCAAAUGGGACAUUCCGUACUCAGCAGUGUUUGGUGGAAUGAAUUAUUUACUCUAUUUUACAUGAUUCUCACACCUGUAUGACAAAGUUGAGGAACGAAAAAAAUUCAGCUUGUUUGAAAGUUUUUCAACUUCACCUGAGCUUUCUUUCCUCACCUCAUCCUAGCUCUGCCCAUUUUGAAAUUGACAAAUACUGCAAGGAAGAAUUAGAUUACGCAAUUGGUUCUCUAUACUAGUGUUGUAAGUUGUAACUGUAGGUUUCGGAGAUUUUGUGGUUUGUUAGGGGAUGUAAUUGUUGUACAAUAAUAUUGCAACGGCUAUAGCCUUAAUCCCCAACAGGAUGGGGUUGGCUGUAUGGAUCAAGAUAUCAUCCUCAUGAGUCGCUGAUGUUCGUCUUAUCUUCUCCGUUUGCCUCUAUCCAAUGUACUAUGAUCCUGUAGAUCCAGGGGAUGUAAUUGUUGUAGAGUUAACUAUUCUUUGAGUUGAGAGGGUUGAUAAUGUUGCACUGAAAAGAUGCUUCUAGACUUCUACUUCCUUGAUUAGCAGCUGAGAAGUCCCACUUUUCGUUA